GACUGGGUGCCAACGUAGGAUUCCGUCCAACACAGACAGACGGGUCGCUCGUGUCCUGUAGAUGUGUUCUCUGCUUUGCGCCAGUGAAGCGCUCCAGAAGUUUUGCCGCGGAAACAAGGUUAUUACUCAGUGAAAUGAAGGUGAUUCUGGAGCAACAGUAGAUUUCAGGGCUUACUCUGUGAGUCUCAGUACUUGAGUUACUUAAGAUCAGCCAAACUGUGAGAGGAACAACAGCUUCAUCAUGAUAGACUUGAGCCACCUCACUGAGGAGGAGCAGGAGAUGAUCAUGGUGGUUUUAAAGAGGGAUGCUGAGCUGAAGAAAUCAGAAGAGGAACGAAUCAAACAAGUGCGGAAAGUUGUUCAUGAGGAAGACAGAUGCAAGUAUAUGACAGGAGAAUGGUUCUACGAGGUGAAAUCACAGAGACACCAGGACAGAAUUCAUGGAUCCGACAUCAUCAUGGCAUCAAUGAAGCAAAAGAAACCCUCAGUUGUUGAGUAUUUAACUAAGUCAUGGGGUGGCAGAUCCAGGAGUGUCAAUAGAAAGAACAGUGAUGGUAUCAUGACACCUAAACAAGCUACAGAGUCCUCACAGCAGCCAAAAGAGAGGAAAAACAGUGACACAUCAGAGGCCCAGCAAGAAAGACUGAACACUGGCAUGAGAUCACCUUGCAAGCCAAGGCACAACCCAUUCAACAGUGUUCCAGUGGAGCUUGACUUUGAGGAGACUGACAGCCCGAUUACCAAUGGAGCAUCAGGAUCUGGACUCAGGAAACCAUUUGACAGAGUCUCUGAUUCACAAGUAAAACAUCUGGAAGCAAGUCAUUCUGAAGAUAAUACUGAGGUCUAUAACACCAUAAACAACAGAGCCCCUCGUCAAAAGCCCGUGCCAAUGAAAAGGACCAAAAUCUACAAACCCCAGAGCUCUGUCUCAGACAGUGCCAGCUCUGUGUCCACCCAGAGUGUGUCCACUCAGAGUACUUCCACCACAGCAGGCUCAGGAAUCAGGUCCCCCCUACAAAGCGGUAUCCUCAAAUACACCUCCAGCUGCAGUUCCAAUGAGUCCACUCUCAGAAGCCAACUGCCACAACCAGUUAAAACUCACUAUGUUCGAAAAAACAGCAGUCAAGGAAAGGAUUCUGAAAAGAGAACAAUAAUUCUGGAAAGCAUAGAGAAAUCCGGUAGCAAAACAGAAAAUAAAGAGCCACUUAUAUCCCUGUCAUCAUUGAAGUUACCAAAAUCACGUUUACCAGUGAGAGCCUCAUCGCAAUUUAUUGACCCUACACAGGCCAUACAAGAGAAACCAAAUAUACAACCUCGUCUCAGUCUGAGCUCCAUCACAAGAUCAGAUGAUUACAAGAAUGUGGAAGAAUUUUUAAAACAAAAGAGAGAAACAGAUAGUUGCCAUCCUCAGUCAUCCGUGGCAUCAGAGGGCCAAAAGAAAGAAACUGUUUAUUUUCAUCAUGAGAAUGCAAGGUCUGCAUUGACCACCAAGUCUCAAAAGCUAUUGGAUGAGAUCACUGCCCCUCAACCUAUGCAGCACAAGUCUGAGAUAGUGGAGACUCCUAUGACUAAGUUUCCAAAGGAGGAAAUGACAAGGGUAGAAUCACAUCUAAGGACUGCUGUUGAUGAGCAAUUUCCCAGCACCCUCAACACAGCAAAUACAUCCAGUAAGGCAGAUGUUUCUACUGAUUGUGAGACUGAUGGCAGCCCCCCUGUGCUCAAUAUAAAAAACAAGAAUAAUAACUCAAAGCAAGAAGAUGCCAAACUGACUAUCAUGACAGAUUCUCAUAUUCCCAAGCCUAGUGAUGAACAAGGAGAUUCCAUCACCAAAGUUCUUGAGUGGUUUAGCAAGAGCACAGACAGUAGCGAUAUGCUUGAUUUAGAGACAUAUGUGCAGGAUAUAGAGGAGCAUACCAAUUACAUAAACUUUGAAGAUGAGGUUAAUCUGAGAGCCAAAACAAGGGAUAAUAUGUACAUGAUCAUACCACACCAAAGUGAUGAGAAAUCAUCCAAAGUGAAUAAAGUAUUUCAACAAGAGACCAGCUGGGGAGUGGAACAAAGUGAUGAUGAGCCUCUCGAGAAUGCUCCAAAAGAACGGAGAAUAUCUGAAUCCACCUCUCAGAAAGAAUAUCUCAUCAUGAAGCCUUCUAUUGAAUCUUUUAUUCCAAACGAGGUCACAAAAGCUAAUAUGUCUGUAGCUGGGAAAGUUAAUCAAGAAGAGAAAAAGACUGAGGCUUUUAUCAAGAGGGAGGAAGAGACCAAAGUCAACCUGGAAAACACUGACAUCAAACUGACUCAACAUGAACCGAAAGAGAGAACAAGUCUUGAAGAGAACCAGCGACCAAAAAUGACUAAUUUGAAAUCAUUCUGGGAGAAAGAAAACAUUGGUCCAAAGAUUUUGAUAAGUAGAUCUAAUGUACCAGUUAAGAAUGAAGAUUUAAUCUCUAGUAAUGUGAGCAGAAAGCUAACUGAAGGUGUAGAGGACCACCAAGAAGCUGAACAGAGUUUGAGAGCAAAAUCUCAAGAACAUAAGAAAAAGAAGUCAACAAACUUUGGGGACAUUUUAGACCUUGAAUAUUUAAGGAGUACCAACACAAUUUACAAGCCCCAGGCACCAAUUGCUACAGAUGAGUUGAAACAUGUAAAUCCACCACUGAACAAUCAGAAGAAAGACCAAAUUCUUGCAAGUGCUCCCUUUAACAAAGGAGUUCCCACACUUCCACGUUUAAAAUCAUCUUUGCAUGAUAGUGGAUCCUUGUUAGCUAGUCAAAAUGGGGAAAGCAUGAGAGGCACAAUUAGCAUAAGCAGCAAUGAUGGAUAUCCCAUCUCACCAAAGGAGUUAGAGGUUAAAUCUAGGGCUGCACCAAGGCCAAAUCCAGUGCCUCUUGUUAAGCAGAAUUCCCAGCAACAAGAGAACAUGGCAGAGAGGAUCAAACAACUCAAGUCAUUUUGGGAGAAAGAAACAUUGGAACCCAUAACAUAUAUGAAAUCCACUGCAGUUCAAAAUAAAUCCUCAAUCAAAUCUGCUGCUAGGCUGAAUAAAAGAUUUACAAAGUCUGAGUUUGAUCUCAGAUUAAUAGGCACUGAGUUUGAUGAUGAUCUUGAGGACAAUACUUCUUCCAGAGGCAGAAUAUCUCCUAAUUUCUCAAUACAAAAGGAUAAGCCCUCUGUAACUAAUGGUAUGAGCACUUCACAGUUUAAGAACCUCCGAGACUUCUGGGGUGCAUCACCUACAAAGCAGCAUGGACAAAGGUCACCCAUCCUUGAAAGUGGAAUUCAGAGAUCCUUGAGUCCACAUAGCAAAACAACAGAUAUAUCCAAAGAGACAGGCUUACAUUCCUUAAUAGAUGUAACAUCACAUACAAGUCCAAAUGUUUACAAUAUCCAAUCAGAGAGAGCCAGUGUCAAAGCCUUUGCAAAUGAGACCCAAAGUACUAAAACAUCCUUGUUGUCCUCACCAGCCAAGACAGAGAAAGUGUUCCAAUCCCCUUCAAAAAAAAGGAUUACUACAAGACAGUCGCAUGUGGUUUCAGGUGAAGCAAUCUUCCAUGGAGAGUCUUAUUCCCCUCAGCUACUAAAGGGCUCUCAGACCUCUUCGAAAGACACAAUGCCACCUAAACCCGCCAUAGGUCAAGAGUCACGACCUCAGCAGAGCAAAAGAAGCAGCAAAGGCAGUCUAAACGGAGAAGCCAAUUCCAUGAGACGUGCCUCUAGCAUGUUUUCUGUAAACUCUGCAUUUGAGGAGCAAAGCCAGGGCAUUCAUCUUCAGUCCAAGAAGUCCCAGGGUCCCAGUCUGCACCAGGUCAAGAGGCCAACUGAAAGUAGCCUUACACAGUCCAGAAAAAUUCAGGACGCUAGCUGUACACUGCCAAAAAUGUCCCCUGAAAUCUCUCGAGACAGAGAAAAAAUCACUCAUAGAAGACCAUCUCGUACUUCUGAGGAUUCUGACUCUCAACCCCUCGCCAGGUCCUUUAUUCCACGUGAUUACCAGCAUUACCUUGGAAUCACAGAGAACAGAAGUAUUUACACUCCACCUCCAGUUACAGAGCAAGUGGAUGACUUUAUCUGCACUACAUUUACAACAUCUCCAGAGACAAGUCCCAGCUGUAAGUGUUCGCCCGUAAGAACCAGUACUCCAGUACAGGGUUCCCCUGAUCUCCAAACCAGGAAAGGGAGUCUGGGACUCCACUCUACCACACAAAUCGAUGAUGGAGAUGCCAGUCGAGAAGCCUCAAAGAGCAGUGCAACAGACACAUGGUCCCGCACAAAGGGGAAUUCGAACCGUGACAAUGAGAAUCCUGUUCAGAGAGCUUUGAGACGGGCUGCAUCUAGACCUGUGUACCAUAAGAGCAUGGAUGAGAUCAGCACUCUUACUAGACAAGACCAAAAAAUCGAGACAACAGAUGACUCCAUACAGGGUAAUUAUGAUGUCUCUAGCACACUUGUCCAGACCUCUUUUGCUACCGCAGACCUGGAACACCUUAAGCAACUUAGCAAAUCAGUGCCUUCGUUCCUACAGAAAGAGAGCGAUGGAGGAGAGAGUGACUCCGAGAGCAGUUCUCGCAGCGGCGUGCGACAGAGAAAUGGCAGACAAUUCUCUAACCUCAGCAACUACUCUGGUUCUGCCUCACUCUCAUCUGUUAGCAGCAGUGUUGCAAGUGUUUACAGCAGUGACUACAGCAGUGUUGAAGUUCAAGGGACCAUCCAAUUUUCACUGAACUAUAUUCAAAGGUUGCGGGAGUUCCACAUCUUUAUCGUCCAGUGCGAUAACCUGGCAGCAGUGGACACGAAGAGGAAUCGAUCUGACCCGUAUAUUAAAAGUUACCUCAUACCAGACUCUACCAAUUUGGGAAAAAGAAAAACUGCUGUGAAAAAGAGAAUGCUUAAUCCUACAUUCAAUGAGAUUCUGAGGUACAAAGUCCGAAUGGAGUACCUGAAAUCCCAGAUUCUCAACCUUUCAGUGUGGCACAAUGACACAUUUGGCCGUAACAGUUUCUUGGGUGAGAUAGAGCUUGAUCUUUCCUCGUGGGAUUUUAACGACACUGAGAGGAAGUUUUUGCCUCUGAAACCAAGAAAUCUCCCCUCACAGACCACAAAUAGCCUUCAGCCCUCAGACUUGAGAGCUCAGAUGAAACUGGCUGUUCGCUUCCUGCCUCAGAUCUCCCUCUCUCAGAAUAUUCCAGGUUCAGGUGAAGUGCAUAUCUGGGUCAAAGACUGCAAGAAUCUCCCUCCCAUUAGAAGUCCAUCUAUUGACCCAUAUGUAAAAUGCUUUGUACUUCCUGACACCAGCAAAAAGAGUCGUCAGAAAACUCGGGUCCUGAAGAGGACAACCAAUCCCAUAUUUAACCACACCAUGGUGUAUGAUGGCUUUAGGACAGAGGACCUGAAAGAGGCCUGUGUGGAGCUUACAGUUUGGGACCGUGACCGUCUAGCUAAUCACCUGCUCGGAGGCCUAAGACUCGGCAUGGGCACAGGCAGGAGUUAUGGAGUACAAGUGGAAUGGAUGGACUCUACAGCAGAGGAGGUGGCUUUAUGGAAGAGAAUGAUGGAGUCACCCAAUGUAUGGGUGGAAGGCAUGUUACCACUGAGGCUGGUAACGACUACCAAAAACACUUGGAAAUGAGAUUAAAAUUAAGCAAAGUGUUUAUUAAAGAUGUACUAUUAUUAAAGUACAUCUAUAAAAUUAUAUUUCUCCACAUUUUAUAUCUUGCAUUUGUCAUAAUUUAUAAUGAUUAGGUUUUUGCCAUCACUUAAAAACAAAUGUGUUUUUAUCUGAUUCAUAACAUUUGAUAUUAAGAAACACAUUUUAAUAAAUCAGACAAAGCCAUCUUUGGUUAUUGUAUGGUAUAGAUGCUGUGGAAGGGGUUUGUGACAAAUGUGCUUUAAAAGAAAAUUUUACACCAGAAAAAUGUAUAGAAAAAUUUACACUCACAUGAGACUCCUUUCAUAUAUCAGAAAAAGAACAAAAGGCGAGGUAAAAAAAAAGGAGGUGGAAAGGCCUAGUAAAGGUGUUGAAUUCAAGGCCGGACCCAACCCCCCCCCCCCCCCCUUUAGUGGCUACCUUGUUGAAAUCACAUGACCACUUUCUCGCCAAACACUGUCAAAUUGGCCAGCAAAACAAACAAAAAAUUACUUGUGUAUCUACAAAUACCUUGUUUUCUUCCUCUGGUUGGUUCAUUGUCCCUCACAUGUGAUAGUGUAGCCUGUGUAGCAUUAAAAGAAUAAAAUACACUUAUUUUUCCCUGUCUGCUGCCUUUGACAUCAUUAGUAAAAGGCUUGUAACUGCUACAAGCAGGUUGCACAGAAAAAAACUGCCAUUAAGAUAAAUGGGAAUGAUAACAAAGCUUUCUUCAGGUAAUCUAGAACUCUUGAGUUUGGAACUCCUGAUUACUAUCUCCACCUACUGUAUAGACUAGUGAAUUAAGUGACUAAUAUUGUGGCUUAAAGGGAUAUUUCACUCAAAAAUUAAAAUUUUCAUAAUUUACUCACCCUCAUGCCAUCCCAGAUGUGUAUGACUUUCUUCCUUCUGCUGAACACAAAGAUUUUUAGAAGAAAAUCUCAGCUCUGUAGGUCCUCCCAAUGCAAGUGAAUGAUUAUCAAAAUUCUGAAGCUCCUAAAGCUCCAGUGUUUAAAUCCAUAUCUUUAGAAGUGAUAUGAAAGGUGUGGGUAAAAAAAACAGAUCAAUAUUUAAGUCCUUUUUUACUAUCUGUCAGGGUUUGCAGGAAGGAGGACCCAAAUGCAGGCAUGAAAUAAAGAGAUCUUUAUUAAAUGAAAAUAAAACAGAACAAAAACAUUCACGAUGGAGAAAAACAGGUAAAUAAAUAAAGAUACCAGGAACCAACUCUGAACAGGACUAGAACAACAUGACUGAACAGGGUAACACACAAAACCAUUUAACACAGGACAGAGCACAGGAGGGAACUAUAAAGAGGGAGAAAUCAAGAGGUAAAUCAGGAAGGCAGGAGAAGCAUACAAACUAAUAACAAGUUAACAAGGAGGCAGGGUCUAGAUGAGAGACAGGAGAGCACAUGGCAAACAAACCUGACAGAAGCCAUGUGCUCACACCAAACACGAUGACGAGACAUGGAGCAUGGGUAUCCGGAUCCUGACUCAGAAACAAAACCAAACCAGACCGAAGAGUCAGGAUCCAGACACCAUGCUCCGAACAUGUAAACACAGACAGAACAGAAGAGUGCACGGCAUGGAAUUAACACCCAAAACCGUGUGCUCCCAUGAAAACACGGAACAUGAGAGUCAGGAUCCUGUCACCACAAUAAACAUAACUGACAAGGUGACAGGACCUUGACACUAUCAAUCUCCACUUUCACUUUCAUGUCCUUCUUCUAAUGUUUUUGCCAUUCUUUGUGCAUAUUGCCACCUACUGGGCAGGAAGGAGAAUAAAUAGUAAUAAAGGACUUAAAUAUUGAUCUGUUUCACACCCACAUCUAUCAUAUUGUUUCUGAAGAUAUAGAUUUAAAAGGGAGACUUAACCCAAAAAUAAAAAUUCUCUCAUCAUUUACUCUCCCUCAUGCCUUCCCAGAUGUGUAUGACUUUCUUUCUUCUGCAGAACACAAACAAAGAUUUUUACAGUAAUAUCUCAGCUCUGUAGGUCCU